CAUUCUAUUGUUACCUCGACCUGUCUACACUCGAGAAUGAAUAGAGGGAGGUAGAAAAAACUCUCAUAGGAGAAGGAGAAUGGACACAAUCAUGUAGUGGUCCGUUCAUAUUCUAUGCACAGUUAUGGCGAUUCGUGCCAAGGACUAAAUAUCGUACCAUCCUCACCGAAAAGAAGGCUGAAGGGGAGUACCUCAAUGAUUUUUUUUGGUACGAAACGUGUGCAAGCUUUACCUAUCUCGCAUUUAUUUCAUCAUUAUUUCAUAACGAUCGCAGACGUUGAUGAAAAAAAUCACUGCUGCAGAUCACUCUUUGACUGUUGGAUCGUCACCCGUGCGUGCGUGGAUUGUGGAUUUUCGGAUUUUCAGUGCGCAAAGGCCGAUCUUUGGAGCUAUGAUUGCAAGUGAAAAAAGACGCAGCUUUUUGAUGUAUUUUGAUAGGAGUGUAGGCUUAUAAAACAUUAAUUAACAACGAUCGUCAUCUCACAGGCUCCAGUCUGGGGAACGGUUUUUGGCAAGGUUAAUAAACAAGACGACUGGAACACAAUGCCAAACCCAAGCUAAGUUGACCUAUAUGGCAUCACAUCAAGUGAUUUUACGAUACGAUCCCCUACGAAGACACCAACAAGAUGGGACUAUGACCACUGCUUUACCGCCAAUAUCAAAUUCGAGCAACGAACACGACGAGAUCAAGGGAGAAGAAACGCAUCGUCGACAUCGGAGAUUGAUCUCCAUCAAAGACUUCGUCAAGAAGCAGAAACGAACAAGACAAAGUACAUCGACUCCGGUAACAGAUUACGAGAACACGAACGGGAACAAUUCGUCGGUUGUCAUCCAGGAAAUUAGACCAUCAUCAGCUGGAUUGCAGACAGCAUCAAGCCGACCGAGAAAGUAUGUGAGCAAAAGGAACACAAAUUCAAAAGUAGAACAGCGAUUGGUUAGGGCAAAGAGCAGUGGUUCGAAGCGUAUGAGUUAUCCACCAAGCGAGUUCCAUCGACAGGAGUUAGUGUCAUCGUCUUUUGCGCGACUUAGAAGGGACAAUUCCAAAUCAUGUCCUAUGUUGUGUGACUGCGCCAUGUAUGAGUUUGAUGACGAAGGUGGUGUUACACACCCAAGCCAAAAUAGUGUAGAUGAAUUUCCUCCACACGAAAAUGGGAUCGAUAGAAUCAAGAGCAGCGAUAGAACAAAUUGCGAUAGAUUCAGGGUAAGGACAAAGAGCAAGAGCUCCAAGAAAGAUGACAUCAUAAGUGUUCGACCACCUAAGCCACCUUCUUGGCAAAACUUACAAACGCCUUCCCAGCAAAACCUCUCUGAACCGGAAGUGAAAACUAAUCCCAAACCUAGCCAUGCUUCAGAGAUGUUGAAAAAGAUAGGUCGUUCAAAGAGUGAAGAGAUUGGGAUGCAGAGGCACGACCGAAUUCAAGAAUCGGUGAGCUAUAGGCCAUCCAAAGCACCUUCUUGGCAAACAGUAGCCACACAGGGAGGGUCAUAUGAUGCCGAUGGGAAUGUGGAAUCAACAUCAAGGUGGUCAGGGUUUGCCACCAGUGAAGGAUCCGGGAAUCACAGACAACUAGAACCUUCUUACAAACCACCGAAGCCACCAUCUUGGCAAACUGUUCCGGCUGCACCCGAAGAAGUGACCAUCGAUACAAAACAAACUGAAAAUACCGUGCCAACUAUUAUUGUCCCAUCCAACCCUUCUGGCCGUUCAGAAGCACGAGCGGACGGACGAUGCGCGAGUGCCGGUUCAUCAAGAUCGACAAGAUCACCUGCUAAGGUUCAAGGCGACGACGAUGUCGACAAUGAUGACAGCAAUUCGCCGGACAAUGCGCAAGCAACAGCCACGAACAAAUCACGUGGUUUACGGCGAUCGAAUAUCAAGCGCACGCGGAGUCGGAUGAUCGACGCGCGUGAGAUACCCAAGCAGGAUUCAGUCAUACCCCUGUCUCAAACAAAGCCAUCAGAAUUUCACUUGCGAGAAACCCACCAUGAUAACGAUGUGUAUCUCAGCGAGAACGUUGAACGAUGUCGACAGUGGCUAGCAGGAUUGUUGGGUGACGAAGGUGAUACGUUGGCGAAGACGAGUUCAAGGUCUCAUCGAGGAGCUGCUGCACGUUAUGAUUCAGAUGACGAUGAUGAUGAUGAUGAUGAACUAGUCACGUGUGAUUUAGAACUAUCACGUGAUAAAUGGAUGUAUGUCGGGUCACCAUACCCUUCAUCGAGUUCUGAGGAUGGUGAUGACUAAUGUUUAUUUUACAACAAACCUUUAAUUCUUGUUCUUCCGUGCAAUGUGCAGUGGUAUUUGAAAUUGUUUCAUGGACUCAUUUGAUAUCCUGUUGACGACGACGUAUCAUCAAGAAGCAGUUGUUGUUAAAGUGUUACUGUGAUUUGUUACUUACUGAUAUCACCAGUUAUUUACACGAAUCUCUAAUAUUACGUAGAGCUUGUUACUAUUUCUUAAUAAUUGUAAUCUAGACAGCGGCAGUGCUCUGGCCCAAAUGUGUGCAAUUCCAAGUCUAGAAUAAUUGUUACCUGUGGGUGAACCUUUGGUCCUUCUUGACGUAACCUUGAAAGAUGAUGAAUAGUA